AUGACCUCCUCGAGUCCUCUCAGCGGCACAAAUUUCAACCCAUUCGAGACGCACCCUUUCACAUCAUACACCUCAAACACUUCACUGGGCCAUGCAUCGACCUCGCAGAAACAACGCCACGAUUCGUCUACCAGGCUGGCGACGCACUCUUCUUCGCCGACGAAGCCUGUCUUCACUGCUGCAUAUCGCCUGGAAGCAUCGCCACCCGAGUUGAGCGAGGUCCUCAAGAAGAAGAGACCUCAAGAAUGGAAUCUCUGAGCGCAAGGGCUUCAACCAAUACCAAGAUCAUUAUGCUACUUAUAUACCCUGUACUGUUCGGCACCCAAGUCCUUAUCGAUAGUUAUCUCAAAGUUCCGGGCUCGAAAAUUCCAUCUGCCAUGUCUGGCGACGUGCGAGAAGCCGUGCCCAGUUAUCGACAUAGGGAGUGGCAGUGCAUCAGAUCAUGAUGCUGAUGCUACCCCUAUACCUCAGCCUGCUCGACUGUUUGAGUGCGAGUUUACAUAACUAAUCUACCAAUCGGGCCGAGUACUUUUUACAGCUUACGGGCACGUAUUCCACACUCACACACGGCCACUUUCGGAUGUUCGGGAGGCAAAUGCCAUCGACUCUAUAAGUAAACUCAAUGCGCAAAGACCUUCCGCAGCGAUAUUCCCACUUUCUGAGCAAAUGUCUGCUAUCACGUCAUCCGCGCCCUCGCCCGGCUGCACGGCCCCUGCGCCCUCAAUGCAUUCCAACGCCGAUCUAGUUCCCGAGCUCCCGCCUCCCACUCCACCUCAUCCGCCGUCAGCCAGUCUGAUCCAAAGACCGCGCGAGCGUCUACCCGUCAAUCUUAUCUUGGAGAAUUCGGGCAGUGUCGCGCGCGACCAUCUCGCGUCUGAACGAACAUUUUUGGCGUAUGUUCGAACGAGUUUGGCGAUUGCGUCGACUGGAGUCGCACUUGUGCAGCUUUUUACCAUAUCCAACUCGAUGGGCUCUGGCACUCUGGGCGCCGCAUUCAUUCCCACAGCACGCCGCAUACAGGAGUGGGCACAACCUCUAGGUGCAACUAUGGUCUGUUUCGGAUUGUUGGUGCUUGCAGUCGGGACCACUCGCUAUUUUCACAUUCAAACCGCCCUGGUACAAGGCAGAUAUCCAGUAGCACGCUUCACUGUGGGCUCCAUCACAUUCAUCCUCGGCACGAUCGUGACCAUCGUGUUU